AUGACGAAAGAUAAAGGAACUUUGAUAGAAGUCAGCGAGGUGCCGGUUGACCACGAAAAUGCGGCUUCAACUAAAACUGUCCCAGAAGGUGUGAUUGGCGAGAAAGAGGGCCAGGGCCAGUUCAAAAGAUCUUUCAAGACUAGACAUAUUCAGAUUGUCACCUUGGGCUCCAACAUUGGUUCAGGAAUUUUCAUUUCUACGGGAAAAGCUUUGCGGUUCGCGGGACCAGGAAGUAUGAUUAUUUCCUAUACCAUUGUAUGUUCGAUGGUUAUUUGUGUUUUGGAGAUUAUUACCGAGCUUUCGAUCGUGUAUCCUUCCUCAGGUAAUUUCAUUGAUUUUACUGAACGAUUUUUGGAUCCUGCUGCUGCAUUUGCAGUGGGUUUAGGUGAAUGGUUAGCCUGGACAACAGUUAUGGCAUCUGAAGGUGCUGCUGUUUUUACGUUGGUUUCAUACUGGACUACCACAGUACCGGUAGCUGCUUGGAUGACAAUAAUUUUGGUUGUGACGUUUGCAAUUCAUGCGUUACCCAUCAUAUGGUUCGCUGAAUUUCAAUAUGGAACUUCCAUUGUCAAGGUGGUGAUGUUGCUCAUGAUUUUGAUUUCUUGUAUUGUGAUGUGUGCUGGAGGAGGACCAACCGGAACUGUUCACAAUGGUCAAUUUUGGGACAGUUCCGAGUACGAAGUAUUCAAGAAUGGUGUGCGUGGGUUUUCAUUUAGCUGCCUUUACUGCUUAUGGGGAGUCGGUGACCAAGUGUUCAUUGGAAUGCUAGCUGGAGAAUCAGAGAGUCCUCGAUUUUCAAUGCCCAGAACCGUUAAAAGUGCCGGUAUUCGUGUGUUUGGGUUUUUCAUGAUUCUAGUAAUGUUCAUUACGCUUUUGGUUCCCGAAUCAGAUCCUAGACUAUGGGGAACCGCUGGGUCGAUCACUAGCUCUCCUUUUAUCAUAGCGAUGAACGAUGCCGGGAUAAAAUAUUUGCCGGAUGUCAUAAAUGGUAUGAUGGUAGUGUGCUUGGCUUUGGGUGGAUUGGAGCCAGUUUAUAUUGCAGCACGGUGUAUAAGACAUUUGGCGGUUAGAGGAAUGCUUCCAAAGUUCAUUGCCAGAGUGGACAAGCAAGGAAGACCCACUUGGUCUCUUUUGAUAACAUUUCUUUUCACGAUAGUGUUCACAUACAUGAACUGUUCAGGAACUGGAGCUACCGUUUUCACUUGGUUUUCAUCUAUAACCACUACCAUCUUCAUGGUGGUAUGGGUUGUGUUGGGAAUAGUCUCCAUAAGGUUUCACUUGGCAAUCAGAGCACAGAACUCAGAUAUUUUGAUACAGAAACAUUCUUGGAGAGCCAAGCUUUUUCCUGUGGGUCCUGUUUUCUUAUCACUUACAAGUUUUUUGAUUCUCGUUGGUUUAUUCUACGGGUCUUUGUUUCCAGUUGGUGGAAAGCCGAACGCUUACGAUUUCUUUACAACUUAUCUUGGAGUACCUCUUAUCUUGGUUGCGUACGCUUGUUAUAAGGUGUAUUUUCGCACCUCGAUUCCUAAAUUGUCAGAAAUCGAUUUGCUUGAAGGUCACAGACCACUCAGUGAAAGAGAAGUCGUGAUAAUGGACUACUAUACGUCCCUACCAUGGUACAAGCGACUUUGGACUUAUGUUAAUACCGCAGAUUCAAAACACUUGACAUAG